AUGUCCUCUCAAUGCUUCCAACGAAGAGGUAUUGAUCUAAGAGAGUAAAGAGACGCAGAUAUUCAAACGGACACUUCUCCCUCGUCUUCACCCGCCACCAUGCUUUUCCCUUUGGUCUUUCCUACAAUUAUAAUUAAAGUUCUUGCUAGAUUUUUGAGAAAAUUGCAAUAUUUCUAAUUUGUGGCGUAGAUUUUAUCAGGUUCCUGAAUCCUGGAUGUACAUUCCAAAGCUCUCAUUGUCAUUGGAAAGCAUUCAUAAAUGCUUGAAGAAGAUUUAUGAGCUUUGAAAGUUAAUUUGUCUAAUUGAUCGGAAAUUCGUCCUUGGAAAAUUUGGUUCCGUUUAACAAUCAUAUCAUUAAUUCGAUUUGCAAUUUUUUCGACAGCAAGCCGAAUAAAGAUUGGAAGUCUGUAGACGGAUUUCUUCCAAAACCAACCUUCCAAAUUUCCUCCAGAAUCUCUUCUUUCAAUGCUUCUCGUCGUCCUCAAAAACCAGUCCCCAUCCAUUUCUACAACUGCUUUUCCCGAUAAAUCAAUGAUUCGCUGUCCGUUUAGUCAGCUGUUUUGCCCUCCUCCCGUGGCAACAUGCUUUCUGGUCGGGAGAGCGAGAGAACACUCGGCACCCAGAGAUACCAGACGGCGAAACGAACGAGAGAGUGUACGGGAAGUAGAGGAUGGCGAGGGGGGAAAAGAGAACGAAUCGUGCCCCCUUUCCGCUCGGUCCGUUUUCUUGCAAAGACCACCUGUGACUGGGUUUGGCAUACUUUUGUAGUUUUUGUCAAAGUUUUGCCCAUUUCGAAAAGUCCAACUGACUUGCGGAAUUGCUGAAUGGGCUGAAGGUGAGCAGAAGCUCUCGGGAUCUAAGAAAGUCGAAAUUUUUCAGCGCCCAAGCCCGAAAAAACUGUACAACUUUUAUUGUACGACGCUCCGAAAUACCGCCAAGGCUGGCUCUUUGGAUGUGAAGUCUAUUUACCCGCUUUCUCCCGAAAAACUACUCAAGCCUUGCUGCCCUCCGGCUUUUCCUCCAACUCCUCUUCCUGUAACCUACCUUUGAGCAGUUUUACAAACAGCCAACACGCAGCCUAGCUUUUCAUCAUCAUUUUCUAGGCCACCCACUUGUCCGCUUCCUUCUUCUCUCUCUCAUCAAAGAGUGGUCAUAAGACCCAUCUUCCCGACAAAGGAGACCAAAAAAUCCGCCUCUCAAGGCCAAGACCUUCCACAUGUGACCAAUUUCUUUUGAGAAAUAGUUGGAAGAUCACUGGGAAUUCAAAUCACGCGCGCUCACAACUUUUCGUUCGAAUCAAAAAGUACAGUAACCCUCCUGGAUUCUGAUUCGAGAACCAGUUCCUCUCACUGUACGCCUCAUUUCCCUUCUGUCCUACAAAUCGCUUUCCGUUUGUUGUACAAUACAAUGAUUAUGACCUAGGAGUUUUCUAGACCCUUCAAUCUGCUUUUUCUCUUCCCCCUCAUCUUGUGAAGCUUUUCCAGGUAUGACGACCACUACCACAUCGCUGGUCGAGACGGUCAACAUCAACGUCGACGACUUCUCCGAAACUUUUUUGACGUGCAGCACUUGUCUGUACACUUUUGACGCGGUAAGUACGGGUUUUUAAAUCUUAAGAGAGAGGAAAAAUUACAUAACCUAAACUAAUCUUAUAAUUAUCUGAUAGUCAAAUCUCUGCCUCCUCGUUCAAAUCCUCACAUAUCUCGUCGAAGCUAGAAAAAAGUGGCCAGCAGAAAAAUGUUAAAUUUUUCGCGCUCUAUCCAUGAUAUAAAAUUGAUGGAGUUGGCACCGAGCGCCCGCCUCUCUCGCUCCCUCUUUCUCGCUCUUUUGCUUCCUGCCUCCAUUUUAUGUCACACUUUUAUAUAUGUAUGUAUGCACUAACCCGGCGAAGAGGAAAGUGGAGCUCCUUUUCCUUCUCCGCGUGACCACUCCCUUCCUCUCUCUCUCUUUCUUUCUCCCUCUUUUUCUCUCCAUUUCCAAUAGACUCAGUUGCCGCCUCCCCCCCGUCUGUUUGUACUUUUCCUUUCUUUACCACAAUGAGGACGACACACUAGACAAACGAUAUGCCGUCAUUUUUUUUUGCGAAAAAGAAAAGAGAAGAAUAAAAAACGCAUUUUUUUCAGAACACUCGGAAACCAAAGUUACUACCGUGUUCCCACUCGGUCUGCCUCUUCUGCGUCACUCAAUUGGCCGAGAUCAGCCCUGAGGUGUGUUAGAGAAGACCUGAAGCUUCUUUUCCUUCCUAAAAGCCUUUUUUCAAACCUGGAUAGCAGGAACAUUUCCCCGACCGUAAACUUAGUAAACUGCCAACUAGCCUGAUAUUUUAACCGACCUAAUAGAGUCGAGAAAUUGUCUGAAAUCCGGUGUGAAGAUACUAAGUGCCGCCUAACGGCCUAUUAAUUGCAGACGGAUCCUCCAUCACUACGAUGUCCUCUCUGCCGUGAAGUGUGCCCGAUCCCAGCCGGCGGAGUCACUUCCUUCCCAGCCGCCUUUUUCAUCAAUCAACUGUUGGAUGUGAUGCAGAAGCAACGGAAAGACGUCGUUCCCUCCUGCUCCACGCAUCCCACCGACCAACUUCUCUACUGUGAAACUUGCGACAACGUCUUCUGUCAACUGUGUCAGCCUUCCGAAGUCAAGUGCGUAAUUGCAUUUAGGAGCCAGCCGUCCAAAACAACUCAGUUUCAGUACAAAAUGCAACGAACACACGGUCGUUCCGCUAUCGAUCGCCAUCAAACGAAUGUCGGAAAUUGUGGUGUACCGGGCGAAAGGACGACUGAGAGCACUGGACGAUGCACAAGUGACUGUGAGCCGAGAAAUUGUGCAAUUGGAUGGAAAUGUGGAUAAGAUUGUCGAGCAGAUCAAUGCGGCCAUACAGGUAGGCUCCCUUCUGGAUACCCAAAUGAAUUGAAUUCCGCUUGUCGUACAGUCUUCCUCCUCUUUCUUUUCUUCCUGUUUUUUUUUUAAUGUUUACACUCUCCCCAUUCCCCGCUGCCCUCCUCAAUUCGCCCGCUCUUUAUCUGUAUGUGGCUGGUUGUUCGCCGUGCCAUGCCACAUCGAUCAAUUCGUGGAGGCACUUUAUUGUUUUAUUAUUGUGGUGGUCAGGCGUCCUUCUGCCCCUUCCAGACGCUUUUUCACUGAAAAAUCGUUGUUUUAGGAAGUAUCGAAUCUCGUGGAGAAUCGUCGAAGAGUUCUCAUCGAAAAAGUUCGUGUACGGCGCGACGAGAAGCGAAAAGUACUGAAAGAUCAAUUGGAAGUGAUCCAGGACGAGAAGAAGAAACUUCAAAAGGUACCGUACCUCUUUUAUAAAUAUUAUACCCAAAGAGAGAUAUUGUAGGAACUUGAAUCGUGUCAAAAAGACAUUCGAUCAAUGGCGCGUCAAAUCAAAGACGGCGCUGCUGAUGAGAAUUGGCAAAGAAGGAUCAUAGAGCCUCGCGAGAACGCCUUUUUGAGGAUCAACACCAAUUCGGAACAAAUGCUGAUGGAUGUGGAGAAGAAUUUGAACGAAUUCGGAAAACUUUACGCCUCCAACACUUUCCCGGGUACUUCGAAGAUUGAAGUAUCUCCGCAUAUGGGGGUGAACGUCGAGAACUCGGCCACUUUGAUGUAAGUUCAUCGUAAUCUUUACACUAGGAACAGCUUAUUUUAGAACUCGUGACGUGGACUGUAAAGCUCGGAACACGGGCGGUGAUCCAGUGGAGGUGCAACUGGAAGUGCUGCACUUGGAUCCUCUGACCAAUCACAGGAACGCAGAGCUUCAGAAGGGCAAACCGGCAGCUGAGGACGAGGUCAAGAACAUUCGGGUUGUCGAUGCGAAUGAUGGCACGUACAAAUUGUACUUCAGGUGCAUUCGGGAAUAUUCUUCUCCUCUUUUUUCAUCUAAAUUUUUUCAGGUUAUCCCACGCCGGUGAGUACAAAGUGUCCGUCAAGAUUUUUGGUCGUCCAGUGGCGAACAGUCCACUGACGCUCCGAAUCGAACCACAUCACCGAUUCGAUUGGCAAAUGCCGGUUACAUUCCAAUAUCCGACCAAGUGUUGGUGGGAUGAGCCCACGAAACGAAUGUUCGUUCUGGACAGUGGAAACAAAAGAGUUCGAGUGCUCCGCGAGAACGGAGACGUCAUCACCGACGUGCGGAAUGGGGAAUUCAAGGUACGUUGCCUCGAACCCCCCAUUGAAAUGUCUAGUCCUUUUCAGAGCGGCACCGUUGGAAUGGUAUACCUGGGGAACGAGGAGUUGGUAAUCCUUUCCUGGCAGAAAAAGAUGAUAAGCAAACUGAAUACUCACGGCGAAAUUCUCAAAGCAGUUCAGUUUUCCGAAUUCUAUCAGCCAACUGAUGUCGCCGUGGACUCUCGUGGUCGAUUUGUGAUUGCCGACAAGACGAAGAUCUUCAUCUUUGAUUCCACUUUCAAGCCGACCAUCUGCUUCCCGAUUCGAGAAACGAAGGGAUCCGAAGUGAAUUGUGUCGCUGUCGGUUUGGACGAUGACAUCAUUGUGGGCACGACGGACGAGCUUCUGCUCUACGAUGGAGCCGGAAAGAUGCUCCGAAAGUUGAAUGUCGCACCGCCUGGAAUUCCGAUUCCAAAGAUUGGGUGGGUUUUCUGGAUUAAAUGUUACAGUUGUUACCUCAAUUUUCCAGCGGUCGCUUCAACAUCAACACCGUCAAUUGUGACGUUUCAACUGGGCAAAUCGUGGUGAUUUACACAGACAAAAAGAUGUCCAAGACUACAAUCGGGGUAAAGAAGGAUAAAUUACAAAAAAAAAUUACAAAAAAGAUUCAGGUGGUGAGCUACAAGGGCGACUUCCUCCACUCAAUCGAACCGCACCGAGAGGAGCAAUUUUUGGCACCUUGCGGAAUAUUUUUACACAAAAACAAGGCAUUUGUGACGGAUUUUGAGAGGAAUACAAUCAGAAGUUACAAGUUUAAAUAA